GUUUAGCGCGCAGUACCCGUCGCCGCUUUCCUCUCUCCUCAUCUCAGCACAGACGUAACGUAUGACCCCCCGUUUCACCGUGUGCGUUGCCAAGUAAUCCUUCUCCUUCACCUUCAACUUCUCUCUCUCCUCCCCCCUCAGUCCGCGGAUGAGUAGUUCAUCGGCAACGAUGCAGAGUGUGGUGGUUGAUAUCGGCUCCCGCAACACCCGCGUCGGGUUCAGCGGAGAGGAGUCGCCGCGCGUGGUGCAGCGCAGCUGCGUCGGUCUGCCCCGUGACCAACGACCUCGGCCGACGCUGUUGCAGCACCGCCUCGACGUCGUCGCGGGUGAUGAGGCGUACGAAGAUGGCGGAUUGUUGGCCCUCACCUGGCCCAUACAACAUGGGCACGUGUGCGACUACGAGGGCCUGGAGAAGCUCCUCUUCAGUGCUUUCGUGGACGAGGCCCGGGUAUGCCCUGAAGCGAAUCCUUUUCUGUUCUUAGAAUCCGCCGAUCAGUCACGGCGCGACCGCGAGCGCCUUUGCGAGCUGCUCUACGAGUCCUUCAACAUGCCGCUGGUGGGUUUCUUGACGAACACCGCCGCCACGCUUUACGCCUCCGGCCGCACGAGCGGACUAGCCAUCGAUAGUGGUGCCGGCCGCACCUGCAUGGCGGCGGUUGAGGAGGGCUACACCCUCGCCCACUCGAUUCGUCUGUCCAGCGUUGCCGGGGACGUCUUAACGGAUGAGCUCUUCGCCGCGUUGCGCGCAGAGGGCUACCCGCUUUCCACCUCGGCUGAUCGCGACCUUGUGGAGGCGGCGAAGGAGGCCCUGGGUCGCGUGUCGGCGGACGUGACGGCCGAGCCGACACAGGCAGAAGACGACGACUUUGUCACCCCAUCUGCGGACGACGGCUUCGUUCUGCCUGACCAGCAACGGCUCUUCUUGCUCGAUCACGCCUACAAGGUGCCGGAGAUACUGUUCGACUGGCGGUUACUCACGUACACGGCGGAUCAAGCGUCACAAGCAAGCAUGCUGCCCUUCACGCCUACCGGUUAUGCACGCGCCAACCCCACAUCGGAGAAGAUGCUGUUAGGAUGGACGGACAUGCUGCGUGAUGCGGCAGGGGCGGCACCGCGGUAUUUAGAGAAGACGCUCUACGAAAACGUCGUCCUUGGCGGCGGCAACACGCUUUUCAAGGGCGUCGAGCAGCGCGUUCAGCGCGAGAUUGUGGCAAUGGCGCCGACGGGGGUGCAGGCUUCGUGCGUGGCGUUUGCGGAGCGCGGUCUUGCUCCCUGGAUUGGCGCAUCCAUUUGGGGCUGCAGUUCUGUGUUUCCCAGCACCUGCCUGUCGAAGGCUGCCUAUCACGAGCAGGGGUGCGGUGCUGUGCACUUGUACACCCAAUAA